GAAAUUGUGUCAAAUCGUGAUAUGUCGGGUUUCGGAACGGCUGAUUUCGCCGUUAUUUUUUGGGUGUGUUUAUCGAGUGAUAACAGGUUUAUUUGAUAAUUCAGAGGUUCAAGUGUUGUUAUAGAAACCGCGCGUUUUAAAUAAAUUGUUUGAAAAUGUUUCGAUCUUUAUUGGAUGCGUUUUGGAAUGAGGCUGUGUGGUUACCACCGAAUACGACUUGGGAAGAUAUUACACCAGGAUCUGAUAAAGAUGUGGUUUACACAGAUCACAGGCACCUCCUGUACCCUAUACCACUGGCCUUCGUGAUUAUAGCCAUCAGGCAUAUGUUAGAGAAAUAUUGGUUUGCACCAUUUGGCAAGUCAUUAGGUAUUAAGAACACAAGACCAAAGAAAGUCCCCUACAAUCCUAAAUUAGAAGUCGCCUACCAGAAAUCAUCAAAGAUUAAGCAUAAACAGUUGUUUAUGAGCCAGGAUGAGAUUACAACUCUGGCCAAGCAGCUGGAUAUGUCCGAGCGCCAGGUGGAGCGGUGGUGGCGCCUCCGCCGCAGUCAGGACAAGCCGUCCACCCUGGUCAAGUUCUGCGAGAACGCGUGGCGGUGCACCUUCUAUCUCUUCAGCUUCUCGUACGGUCUCUUCAUACUCUGGGACAAGGAGUGGUUGUGGAACAUCGACUAUUGUUAUAUAGGAUAUCCGCAUCAGGGUAUUACAGACGACGUAUGGUGGUACUACAUGAUAUCAUCAGCGUUCUAUUGGGCGCUCACCAUGUCCCAGUUCUGGGAUGUUCGCCGCAAGGACUUCUGGCAAAUGUUUGUCCACCACUUCGCCACCAUCGCGUUACUGUCGUUCAGCUGGGUGUGCAAUCUUCACAGGAUCGGGACAUUGGUCCUACUGAGUCAUGAUUGCGCUGAUAUAGCGUUGGAGGCGGCGAAAGCGGCUAAAUACGCCAACUACCAGAAGCUCUGCGACGCCAUAUUUACUGUCUUCAUAGUAUUAUGGCUAAUAACUCGUCUGGGAAUAUAUCCAUUCUAUAUAAUUUGGAGCACAACGAUCCGUGCCCCCAUGCUGUUGCCCAUGAGUCCUACAUACUAUAUAUUCAACUCGUUGCUUUGCCUCCUGCUCGUCUUGCAUUUGAUAUGGACGUGGCUCAUACUGCAAGUUGCCUACAGAGCCAUCUAUGCCGGACAGUUGGAAGGUGACAUAAGGAGUUCGAGUUCGGAAGUUAGUGAUAGUUCCCACCAUUCCAAUCAUAGUACACCUAAUCGCAUCAAUAAUAAAAAGGACACAUAGGGUCGGGCCAACAAAGCAGGCCUAGGGCUAGUCCACAGGCCUCGCACCCGUUCAAUAAUUUACACGCUCGCUUGAAGGCACCGCGCCCAUACGGUCCAAGGUUCGAACUCUGUGCAGUGACAGUGAAUUUUGUGGCAAGUUGUUUUAAGUUUAUAAUGUGUUCAUCGUUAAAUCGAGUACAGUGUUGUCAGUGGCCAGAACACCGACGGGAUGGUCUUCUGAAUCGUAUGUAUGACAAUUUAUGCUAUGUAUAUCACUAUAUGAGGGCCUUGAUUCACUUGCGUAUGAAUUUGAGCUUUCAUUACAUUUGAAUACGGUCUACUGUCAAAUACCUAUUGGUUACAUCAGUUUUAAUAUGGUGUGACCUCGGUAUGCACUUCAUUCGACUUAUACAAUUGUCUACAUAGUAAUAUUGUUUUUUACAAUUUAACUGAUAAAGCAAAUGUUACCGCACUUUGGUAAAAACACUCUUAACAAAUAGGUUAACUUAAACUUUGACCAAAUAAACUGUUUAUUACUAUGAUUUUUUUAUACAAUGUGACAUCGAAAUCGCUAGCAUCUUUAUAAAGUAGUGUUCCACCAGUGUAUUUUACUACGGGAAAGGAGGGGAGGGGCUGGUCCCGCCCCUUAGACAGUGGCGUAGCUACUGGAGAACUAGACGUGGUAGUGCCUUCGGGCCCCCAAGCUCAAGGAGCCCAUUGGAUUCUGACUUACAAACUAAAUUGAACUAAGAAAAAUGUCUGACACGUUCGGAAUAUAAAUAAUCAAGAUUCCAGGAACACGACUUUAAUAAUGGCAAUUUAUUUGAAAAAAUACCGGGGAAUCCCAACAACUCUCGAACAUCUUUGUUUGAAACUUGCGAGAAACUCCCCUGUAUUCAUAGGCUGGUUUACUUUUUGCCACAGAGCCUUUGGUUACCUACGCCACUGCCCUUAGAGCCUAUAUGUAUUCUUAGAUAUAUUUUUCAACAAUUUUAAAUGAUAAAUAAUCUGAUGGCUCACGUGGAGUAAAAUUAUAACUGUCACCUAUAGACAUGAAUAGUACCAUGGACAUAGUAGAAUAUACUGUAUUGCCCAUGAUACCCUUCAUGCGUACUAUGUCCAUGGUACUAUUCCUGAGGAUUAAGGUGUUUUGCCUCCAUGCCUUGUAAUUUCAUUGCCAUAUCCCAUUGUUUAAAUGGAACAUAUUUGCCUAUAGCUUAAAGCUCCGCUCCUAAUGCUGGGAUGGGUCCUAGACAAUUCCUAGAUGGGUAUGACCCACCCGGCUCCCUGUAAAUACUUUAUUGAACUAGGUGUUAUCUUGCGGACGUCCAUAUCGCUGGUUAUUUGAAUAGAAUUAUUUUAUUUAAUUCCGCUACCAUUAGUAUGUAUGUGACUGCCAAUACUCGAUGAUACUUUACUACCACUAUUACUACUAAAAGUUCCACAACCUUCCAUAUUAGCCAUCAAUCGUUGAUUGCCAUUUUGUUCCCCUUCAAUAUGUCUAUAGUGAAAUGGAAGAUUUUUCACAAAUCAAAACAUUUGUCGAAAAACAACAAAAAAAUUUGAGUACGUCUAUACUAACUUGAUAGUUGGAUCUGCCAUGUUAGUAUAGGAGGCUCAAAAUUUUUGAUCGUUUUUCGACCCGUUUUUUUUUUGGGAAAAAUAUUCCUGUCACUGGUAAAACAAAGAUGCUAAUGAUUUCGAUAUUACCCUGUAUAGAGCAAAACAAUUAGAAAUUCCACUAUAGUAUUAGUGACACUGAACAAUUAUUUCCCAGGGCCAUUAGCCGAGAUAUAAUAUAUAUUUAGCUUGUACAUACAGAAUACAAUUCCGGAAUCCCGAAUGACAAAGGCAAGGGGUCGUUACAUAUACAGCUUAUAAUAAUUAUAUAAAUUUAUUGUAUAAAUUAAAACAAAUAAUUAAAAAUAAUUUUUGUAUGACCACAGACGCAAAAAGUAAAAUUAUGUCAUCAGCCUUCUACCAAAAGUUUUUGAUAGAAGAUUGAGAGGGAGACUUUGUACAAAAGUCGAUUGCUUGGGUACCUCUGUCCCAUUCGUGUUUCAACCGUGAAGCAGCUGUGUUUGCAUGACUGUGUUUCGGUUUAAAGAGUGGGAUAUGGCGUGAAUUUACUGGGUACAGAGGAAUAACACCUGAGUCCUCAGGAAUGGCAACGCAUGGGGGGUAUCAUGGGCGAAACAGUAUACUUUGUUAUGUCCAUGGUACUGCUCAUGUCUAUAGGCGACGGUUACUACUUUCUAUCAGGUGGACCGUCAGCUUGUUUGCCAUUCUAAGUCGUAUAAAAAAAAAAUUGAAAUAAGAAUAAUAUUAACAAUGACAUUUUUUCUUUCUUGCUUCUGUGAUUAUUCAAAAAUUAUUUUUAAUUAUUUGUUUUAAUUUAUACAAUAAAUUUACUUAUAUAUAAUUAUUAUAGCUGUAUAUGUAACAGCUUCGUUGCCUUUGUCAUUCGGGACCCCGGGAUUGUACUUUCUACAAGUACAGUGCGGUUUCAGGGGAGUUUUCUCCCAUAAACGCUCAGGCUGUUGAAUGAGCUUUCUGCUGAUGUUUUUCUUAGAGACUACAGUAGGGGGUUCUUCAAAAGGGGUGUAUUAAGGUUUCUUCACAGUUGGUAACGGGUAUGUGACAUCACUAGUGUUGCAGGUGUCCAUAUGCUACAGUGACCGCUUACCGUCAGAUGGGCUGUAUGCUUGUUUGUUACCCUCAAAGUAUAAGAACAAAAAUUAAAUAAAUUUGGGUAACUUUUCGUACAAAUCUCGUAUUGUAACAUGACAAAUGGUUCAUAAUUUUUUAUAAUUAUUCAGUUUCAUUAAUAUUAUCACUGGAUUUUCAUAUUGUUAUUAAGAGUGGGUUUUAUAUAGCAAUAUCUAUAUAUUGUAGUUACAAUAUCUAUGCAUAUAUAUAUAUACACAUAUAUAUAUAUAUACACAAUAACGGAUAUAUUAACUAUUGGUUAUCCAAUAUAUAAUAUUGAAAAGAAGAACUUGCUCGUAAUUGAUAUCACUCAUAAAAUAUAUAUAUCUAACUGGUAUGAGAUAUCACAAUACGUGGUCAUCAAUGUCCAGAAGAACUCAAUAUAUAGUUAUCAGAUAUUACCCAUCUCUAAAUGUUAUAGUAUUUCUGUUACAUGCUGUAUAUCAUAAUACAGUUGGGAGUGGUGUUUAUCUCGAGUGACUAAAAUGAACCCAAGUUGCAAUCAAUUAGUAGAUCCCAUUUCAAGGUUUCACAUAUUUUUAAUUUUGUUUAUUAUUAUUAUCCCUUUAUGGACAAGCCGUGAGCAUUUUCAGUUAAAAAAUAAAUUAUUUACUGUUAUAAGACGUUAUGUUAAUUGAUAUAAAAUUAUUUAAUGAUUUAGGAAUGUUGAAAUUGAUAAUCGAUCAUUAGUCGGUCACGAAAAGGUGAUACACUAGUGGAAACAACAUCGCCCGAAUAAAAUGUCCCAUUAAAAUUAUUUGGGCAUAACUAAUAACAUGUCUUGAUACUUAUAAUGUAACUGGACAAUGUGAAUUUU